GGAACGUUGAUGCAGCUGCAGAGCACUCUGUCCAUGGCCCUCUCAUCCCUUGCGCGAAAGGGGAAAUACACUCCCUCGUACUGAUUCUUUGACAACAAAGAUAGCCAUCACCAGUGCAGCGCCACCUGUGACCUUUUUGCAGGGAGAUAUGUCGCCUUCCUUGGUGAGCACAUCAAGACCGCUCACAAUGAUCCGACCAAUCAUGUUGCGUUGGAGAUUCUACCCGGUCUUAGAAAUGGACAAUGAAUCACAGCAUAUACCGGUCUUUACAAUCCUCGGAGUCAUUCCAAAACCAAUUCCGUGGCCAGCGAUGCCGCCAUCCUAUCCACAUUGGCAGAUUCUCAUCAUCAUCAUCAUCUCAGUCGAUAUACGGGUAAAAGAUCAUGUUUUGGCUGCUCCUUACGACGCCUCAGGAUUGGCGUCGAGGGAGCACAAGUGGGACCAGAGGUGUGCGUCACACUAUGGCACUCGGAUCUCAUGUGAAUUGCUUGUUGAUCCCAUGCGAGAUUAGGUCAAGUGCUACCAAAGACAAGGCAGUAAUGCACCUGUUUGUCUCUGGCACCCAUCGAACUCAAGGGACGAAUUAACCAAUCGAGUCGGCUUCGGUCUGCGUGUCCGCGCAUCUUGAAAAGACGAAUCUCGAGGGGUUAAGGUAUUAUAUACAAGCAAUGGCAGACGCCAAAACCUCCUGUAACGCUCUUCGGAUAACUUGUCCGCUCCAGUCCACAUCGAGCCACGACAACGGCAUUUAUUAGCCUUUGCUCGGCCUCUAUACACCUUUUUCUCUCUCCUCUUUCCUUCGAAAACCGUCAGGCUACAGCACUAUUUGCUCGACCGUCGCAUUUGUAAGAUCGUUCAACCUGUACAAAACAUCAGCUGAGGGUUGAAUACGCGUUUGAACUCACGCAUCCAAUGCAGCUGUCUCCGACACACGAUUGCCAUGUCUCAACCUUUGGCCCCUCGGCCCUCACAGGGUACCGAUGACUCGACCACAGUCCCAUCGUCGCAGCGACCUCGCAAAAUAUCAACGGCAUGUGGAGCGUGCAAGCAAAGGAAAACCAGAGUAUGUCAAAAGGAAUGAUGGACCAGGGCCUUGCUAACUAGCUGAAAUUGUACUGGCGGUAACCCUUGCGAUGCCUGUGCGAGUAGAAGAAGUCCUUGUGUAUACGAUGCUACUUCGGACCAACGUCGGAAAAUCGCCAACCAGCGCAACGUGCAAGAACUUGCUGACACACAUGUUCAACUGGAGAGACACCGACAGCUCCUUGGAGGCAUUAUUGCCAUCGUCAAAGCCGGCGAUUACAACGCGAACAACGAUCUGGCUCGUGUUAUGCGCUCUGAUGUCGACUUGUCGCAGCUAGCGGCGCAUGUUCGAAAUGAAUGUCGAUCAAACAUUGCAAUACAACAAGCCUUUGACCAGAUUGACUUCAACAUUGACGGACCGCUAGAGUUACCUUCUCCGACACAAAUACUCGGCGGCAUUCCAACUCAGGGGAAACCUAUGCUGUCAGCGUCCUCAAUGUCACACGAAUCAGAAUCCAAUAGCGAUACAAAUACCACCCUCCACUCAGGUGAUCUAACUCCAGAUCCACGGCUCGAUCCACGACGUUAAUGACGAUACCGACGAUAACUUGCACACGAGAUGGAACAUCGUGCUGUGCUGGGGCAAAUCAGAGGUUGAGUACAGGGCAGGAAGCACGCACCGACAGGAGCGGAUCAUGGCGAGGGACAAAGCAAAACUUGAUUUGAGGAAUUAUAGGCUCGAGUCAAUCCCUACGUGAUCGAGAUGAUCGACUCCGGCAGCACGGGAACAGGCCGAACUCCAACAGAUGAUAGCUUGUUCGACGCGACUCCUCGUCCCUGGCUCCUGAGUCCCCAGGACAUUUGUGCCACCCAACAGCGUAAAGCUGACGGCCAGUUCACACCCAGUGGACAGCGGGUGGCGACCAGAAUACGAACAUCAUGCGAUGCCUUUGCCCCCGCAAUCCCCCAGAAAGCCGCUGUGGAAAGAUCUUCUUGUUGAAGGUGUUGACUGGGGUCGGUUGAUCAUCCGAAGAAGUCGACACUUCGGUUCAGCUGAUCAUCUCAAUACAAAACAGUACCAGGCCCGUCAGGAGAGGAAGCCGAAAAGUAUGGUUGAAAAAAAGGCAUGCCACCGCAUUGGUUCAUCUGUAUUAGAAAGCAUUUAUCGGGCAGACGAGUGAACAAAAAUCAAUACUCGACGCAUUGACAGGC